GCGUUUUCAUGUUUGCAUGCGUUUCCUCGGGAUGAGAUUCUUGUUACGGAUGCUAAUAGAGAAAAUUCUGGUCUAAUAUUGGAAUUUGGGGGGUUUAAUCAAAUGGAAUCCGUUUAAUGUGAUUUUUGAAUAUUGUUGAUGGAAAUCUAUUCGAAUCCUGACAUUUUUUUGUUCUUCUCCUUGUUUUGUUUUUGUUAUUACAGAAGCGUGAAUGUUGUAACAAUGGAGACCAAAGGCGGGAAAAAGAAGUCAUCCAGUAGUCGUAAUUCCUUUCAGUACGAAAUCCCUCUCGGCUACAUCAUUGAAGACGUUCGUCCAAACGGUGGCAUCGAGAAAUUCCGUUCUGCUGCUUACUCCAACUGCGUGAGGAAGCCAUCCUGAUACGACUUUAUACAUGUCUUCUUCAGCGAUAGAGUAGGAACUUUCUUUUCUUUCAGUCUUCUUUUCAUUACAGUUUCUUCUUCAAUAAUCGAACAACAGUAGACAAUCGUUGAACAAUCUCCCAUUCUGUUACUACCGAUUCUCACUCAUAGAACAAUCUCUGAAAACAUUUUCGCCGGUAUUUCGAGUCAACUCACCACCAUGGACUCAUUGUCAAAAAACUUGCCUCCUCCUUCGCCAAUUGGAUUCGAGGGCUUCGAAAAACGCCUCGAAAUCACCUUCUCUGAUCCAUCCAUUUUCUCUGAUCCUGGCGGACACGGGCUACGCGCCCUGACUCGGUCUCAGCUCGACUCAAUCAUCGAGCCCGCUUGCUGCACUAUCGUCUCUCAGCUUUCCAACAAUGAGUUCGACUCGUACGUCCUCUCUGAGUCAAGCCUCUUCGUGUACCCAUUGAAGAUUAUACUCAAAACCUGUGGGACAACCAAGCUGCUCUUAUCCAUCCCUCGAAUCCUUGAACUCGCUGACUCACUCUCGCUCACUGUGGCGUCUGUGAAGUACUCUCGAGGCAGCUUUAUUUUCCCAAAUUACCAGCCUGCACCGCACCGCAGCUUCGCUGAGGAAGUGGCCGUACUAAAUGAAUUCUUCGGCGACUUGAUGUCGGAGGCUUACGUCAUGGGCGAUGCUUCGGAUCCUCAUCGCAACUGGCACGUGUACUGGGCAGUGGCCAGAUCACCGUCGUUGAAAAAUCAGACGGGCGUGGUUACUCUUGAGAUUUGCAUGACGGGGUUGGAGCGGGAAAAAGCGGCGGUGUUUUACAAAAAAUCGGAAGACUACUCGGCACGUGACAUGACCCAGCUGUCCGGGAUAUCUGCUAUAAUCCCGGGUCACGUGAUAUGCGACUUUGAUUUUGACCCUUGUGGAUACUCCAUGAAUGGAAUCGACGGUGCAGCGUAUUCUACGGUGCACGUGACCCCAGAGGAUGGUUUCAGCUACGCGAGCUACGAGGCUAUGGGUCUGGACCCAGGUUCGGUGAGGCUACAGCCGCUGAUCAAGAGGGUGCUCAACUGUUUCUCUCCGACCGAAUUUUCUGUCGCGCUCACGUGCAGUGGUAUGAGUGGGGCCAAGUGGCGGGUGAAGAAGGGUGCUGACGUGGGAGGGUACUCGUGUGGGAACACGGUGAGCCAGAAAUUGCCAGGUGGCGGGUGCGUGGUGUACUGGACUUACAAGGCAAGUGGGACAGGGUGUACAAUGCGCGCGCCGGCUAGAGUGACGAAGCCGUGUUGCAAGGAGGUUGCGGAGGAGGAGGAGACGGGUAGCGGCGCGGUGGUUUAUUCGCCCUGCGUUUUCUCCGCUUAAGAAGUGUUGGUGUUGUCGUUUUGUGUCUGUGAGUCACAGCCAGUAUCUUUAUCUGGCUGUUUUGUCGUAUUAAUAAACAAUACUUUUUUAAAUUUGUAUUUUGGGUUUGGUUUAUUACGGGGUUACGGAACAGUGGGGAUUUUGUCGUAUUGGCCCGAUCUCCGUUGGGGUGUAGCUCAUAAAUAAACACCAUAUUUGCUUUAAUUAAAAUAGUAUUUGUAUUGUUA